AGAAUACGGCCGGGCGCGCCAUCUUUUCUCCCGGCUUCUCUCCCCAGGAGCACACGUUGUUGAAAAUAGGAGAGUGAUACGCAGUAAUACCACUGAGUUAUUUCACAUUCUUCUACCUGGAAGACGGAGAAGACAGAAGGGAGGCUACUGGGGGUGAGCUGAUCUUGGUGUGGCCUUCCUCCAUUGUCAGGGGAAACAGCAUCUGUUCUGCAAAGGUUUUGAGAGAAGGCAGCUAAAAUGUCAGAGAAACCGACCAGAAUCGCAAUUGUGAACCAUGACAAGUGCAAACCCAAGAAAUGCCGGCAGGAGUGCAAGAAGAGCUGUCCAGUGGUGCGAAUGGGCAAGCUUUGCAUAGAGGUCACAUCACAAAGCAAAAUAGCAUGGAUCUCUGAAUCUCUCUGCAUCGGAUGUGGAAUCUGCAUUAAGAAAUGCCCUUUUGGGGCCAUAUCAAUUGUCAAUCUGCCAAGCAACAUGGAAAAAGAGACAACGCACAGAUACUGUGCCAAUUCCUUCAAGCUGCAUAGGCUGCCUAUCCCCAGGCCUGGCGAGGUUCUCGGAUUAGUCGGGACCAACGGUAUCGGGAAGUCGACGGCUCUGAAGAUCCUCGCUGGAAAACAGAAGCCAAACCUGGGAAAGUAUGAUGCGCCUCCGGACUGGCAAGAGAUACUCACCUAUUUCCGAGGUUCUGAACUGCAGAAUUACUUCACCAAAAUCCUGGAGGAUGACCUGAAGGCUAUAGUCAAGCCCCAGUAUGUGGAUCAGAUCCCCAAAACCGUGAAGGGGUCUGUGGGAUCCAUCCUCAGCAGGAAAGAUGACACCAAAACCGAAAAAAUCAUUUGUGACCAGCUGGAUCUGACCCAUCUCAGGGACAGGAACGUAGAGGACCUAUCAGGAGGAGAACUGCAGCGCUUCGCUUGCGCUGUGGUGUGCAUCCAAAGAGCAGACAUCUUCAUGUUCGACGAGCCGUCCAGUUACUUGGAUGUGAAGCAGCGCUUGAAGGCUGCCAUCACCAUUCGCUCCCUCAUCACCCCAGACAGGUAUAUCAUUGUUGUGGAGCACGACUUGAGUGUCCUGGACUAUCUAUCCGACUUCAUCUGCUGUCUGUAUGGAGUCCCAAGCGCUUACGGGGUGGUCACCAUGCCUUUCAGCGUUCGGGAAGGCAUUAAUAUCUUCCUGGACGGUUACGUGCCCACGGAGAACCUGCGUUUCCGAGAGACCUCGCUGGUGUUCAAGGUGGCCGAGACGGCCAACGAAGAGGAGAUCAAGAAGAUGUGCCGCUACCAGUACCCACACAUGAAGAAGGCCAUGGGCGACUUUGAGCUGGAGAUCAUCGAGGGAGAGUUCACCGACUCUGAGAUCAUGGUCAUGCUGGGAGAGAACGGCACUGGCAAAACUACGUUCAUCAGAAUGCUUGCGGGCCGCCUUAAACCCGAUGAAGGAGGGGAGGUGCCUCUCCUGAACGUCAGCUACAAGCCACAGAAGAUCAGCCCCAAAUUCAAAGGAAGUGUGCGCGCACUGCUUCACGAGAAGAUCCGAGACGCGUACACCCACCCGCAGUUCAUCACCGACGUCAUGAAACCCAUGCAGAUUGAGAGCAUCAUCGAUCAGGAUGUACAGAACCUGUCUGGAGGAGAGCUGCAGCGAGUGGCCCUGGCACUGUGUCUGGGCAAGCCGGCCGAUGUCUAUCUGAUCGACGAGCCCUCGGCCUACCUGGACUCAGAGCAGCGUCUCAUGGCUGCUAGGGUCGUCAAACGAUUCAUCCUUCACGCUAAGAAGACUGCCUUCGUGGUGGAGCACGACUUCAUCAUGGCGACCUACCUGGCAGACCGUGUCAUCGUGUUUGACGGUAUUCCAUCAAGGAGCACUGCUGCUAACACACCACAGACGCUGCUAGCCGGAAUGAACAAGUUUUUGGCACAGCUGGAGAUCACUUUCAGAAGAGACCCAAACAAUUUCCGACCAAGAAUCAACAAGAUGAACUCGAUCAAGGACGUGGAGCAGAAGAAGAGUGGCAACUAUUUCUUCCUGGAUGACUAAAUUCAUUCCUUAUAUGUUAAAGGCUUCCAUCAUACUACCGAAUAUUAAAUGCUACACAUUUGUUGGAAAAGCUGAACGUGUCCAGUUCCACUAACCGUAAAGAGAACAUCAUCGAUCGUUCAAAGCACCUACAUCACAGGUGUCAAACUCCAGUCCUGGAGGGCCAUAGUGUCUGCUGGUAUUUGGGGUGUUCUGGGUUCAUUCAAGUCGUUGAUUGGUUAAAGUAUCCACACGCCUUGUUCUCAAGGCCUUAAUUGAAACUGAUUGAAAGGAAACCACUAAAACCUGCAGACACUGCGGCCCCCUGGGAAUUCAGUUUGACACCCCUGACCUACAUGUAUGUUCCUGCUGACUGGACGUCAGUGGGGUUGGCUACACCAUUAUGACCAUAAGGACCGAGCAAGAGCAAGAUGUUUAAUCAACCGUUUAUUUUAAAAUAAAAUCCUAUUAAUUAAAGAGCCCAUUUCUCAAAUGUGCUGUGUGGUGAAUUUUUUCCCCACCUUCAGCACUACCAUAUUCUGGAAUUGGAAACCAUCUCCAAUUUAUAUGAAGGGUGUAACCCAGGGGUGCACAACAAGGGCCGAUCCGUUUCAGGAUUUUGUGCCAACUUCUGGUCUUAAUUCAAUCACAGUAAUUUUAAUUAACUGGCAUGUCAGAUAAAAUGAUUAUGUACUGGCUACAGCUGCAGACUGCAAGUGUAUCCUAAUGAUUUUACUGUGCUCAAGUGCAGGCUUGAACCAGGGUCAUUUAUAGAGCUGUUGGCAAAUUGGUUGGAACAAAAACCAGUACGCAGACCUGCCCUCGAGGACCGGAGUUGUGCACCUCUGGUGUAACUAGUCACAAACCGUUUUAGGAUUUCAUAUGAACUAUUAGCCGCCUUAUAAACAUUUUUAUUUAUACUUUUGACAAGGUGAGGACUGUUAUAAGACUGUUCUUGUGUCUAUAUGAAACAUUUCACUGUGAUCCAGUCUACAAGUUGAUGUAUACAGCGAAAUGGGUAAUUGAGCCAUGGUAAUUUGUGGCAAAAACCUAUAUAUACCUAUAUAGCAUAUAUACCAGCCUUCCAGCAACAGAAUUUUCCACUUGCUGUAAAAACUCAAUGCACAAUGUCAUGAGCAUCUAAAUCUUGCAUUUCAGGAAUUUGCUUUUUAAUGUAAAAAAUAAAAUAAAAAUGGUUUUAAGCCUUGUUUAUUCACAGUAA